GGGCUCUGAGCUCCCGCAGCCCCGCCAGGAGGAUGCUCCUGCCGGGGCUGUCCUUGGGAACGCUGGGAGAGCCGCUGUUCUCCGGAAAAGCGAUCUGCGGAGGUGCUUCCCUCGGCUGCCGGGGGCUGGCUGUGCCCUGGGCGGGCGGGGGACCCCCAGGUGAGGCGCCGAAGGGUCGCUCCCCCACGGCCGGCUCUGCGGGAUGCUCUGCGGGAUGCUCUGCGGGAUGCUCGGCGUGACUGCACCGUCCUCCUCCUCCCUGCCAGCCUGCAGAGAGUCUGCUCAGUCCUCAGGCAGCUGCUUCACCUUCCAGCCUGCGAGCGAUGUUCCGGCAGCGGAGGAGAUGGGCUAAUUUCCAAAAGCCUGCAGGACAUCCUGACUCCCAAUCGUGUCGACGGAAGCAGAACCAUCCCUUCCUGAGUGCCGGACCCAGAGGUGACGGGGCCUGAUGGGACAAAGCCAUGCUGGGGGCAAGGAGAAAUUCCUCAGUCUUUCCUCUGGCCACUCUAGGAUUUGCAGCUGCUUUUCCUCUGAUGGUUCCAUGAUUUCCCAGGAGCUGAGGGCUCCCUGUGUGCCCCUGCUGUGCUUCAGGACAAGGGUUCUGUGGUUACUGCAGCAUGGUCCAAGCCUGCUUGCUGUGCUCCAGAGUUCAUAAGGGCAGCCUGGCAGCCUGGGCAGCUGCAGCAGACAUGGACAAGCCGGACAAGCCCAGUCCCUCUGCCAAGAAGCACGUGCGUCUCCAGGAGAGGAGGGGCUCCAAUGUGUCGCUCGUGCUGGACAUGAGCUCUCUAGGGAACGUGGAGCCCAUCCAGCCUGUCUGCACGCCACGGGACAUCACGCUGAAGUUUCUGAGGACAUCCAGCCACGUGCUGAGGAAACAGGAGCUCCAGCAGCACGCCCAGAGCCUGGCACAGCUCCAGGAGGAGUUUUCGAAAAUCCCACCCAACUUCGUGAGUCCGGAGGAGCUGGAAAUCCCUGGGCGUGCUUUCAAGGACAGAUACAAAACCAUUCUCCCCAAUCCUGAGAGCCGGGUCUGCCUCAGGAGGGCUGGGAGCCAGGAGGAAGACAGCUACAUAAAUGCCAACUACAUCACAGGCUACGCGGGCCGGCCCCGGGAGUACAUUGCCACGCAGGGACCCAUGCUCAACACCGUGAGCGACUUCUGGGAGAUGGUGUGGCAGGAGGAGGCUCCUCUCAUCGUCAUGAUCACCGAGCUCCAGGAGCGCAAGGAGAAAUGUGUCCACUACUGGCCCGAGAAGGAGGGCACCUAUGGCCCCUUCACCAUCCACGUGCAGGGGGUGAGCGAGUCUGUGGAGUACGUGAUCCGGGAUCUCUCCAUCCAGCUUGGAAAGGAGCACCGCAAAGUCAAACACAUCCUCUUCCCUUCCUGGCCGGACCAGCAAACACCUGAGUCAGCCAAGCCCCUGCUGCACCUGGUGUCCAAGGUGGAGGAGGCUCUGCAGACUGCAGCCAGCCCAGGGCCCAUCGUGGUGCACUGCAGCGCAGGCAUUGGCCGCACCGGCUGCUUCAUUGCCACCAGGAUCGGGUGCCAGCAGCUGCAGGACAAGGGGGAGGUGGAUAUCCUUGGAAUUGUGUGCCAUCUCCGCAUAGACAGAGGUGGGAUGAUCCAGACGAGCGAGCAGUACCAGUUCCUCCAUCACACACUAGCUCUCUACGCUUCCCAGCUGCCAGAUGGGGGAGGCCACUAGUGCAGGGCUCCCACUGGGCUUGUGGCUCCUUGCUCUGACCUCUCCUGCACCAGCCUCGGGGACACCUUCACCAAAACCUCUCCUGCUGCUGCCAGGCCACAGAGCAGCAGCAUGAACGUCCCUCGGGGUGAUGAGCCAGCCCACGGGGACCCUGAGGAUGAGCAAGGUGAGGUGGUGCAGUGGGUGCUCGAGGUGGCCACUGCUGCUGGCUCCUGGCAGAUUUCACCCAUAGAAAGAACCUUUGGCUUUUGAGAGGUGCAAGAUCCUGAAGCAGAAGAGCAAGCUGUGCAGAAGAACUGCAGCUGGCAGAUGCUGGGAGCACGGUUUGCCUUUCAGCUGCACACAAAUGUUCAUCCCAUUAAACACAGCACCGGUGGAACUACCCUGAAAUAAACAGAGCCUCUGUCCUUGCUGUGCAUCCUUUGUGGGCAGGGCUGGGCUUGCUCCAAACAUGCACCACGAAGCUCUUCUUGCUAAAGACACACCUUGAUGGCUUGGUGCAGAGUCGGCUAACAGCGUUCAACAGCUUGCUUUCCUCUCCACCUUCAGCCAACACCUUCUCAACAGCUUUAAA